ACGAGAAUGUUCCAGAAAUGACAGAAAAAUACCCGAUUUAUAAGUGCCUUGAGUCUUCGGUCAGUUUGUUUCUUUGGUAAGCGGUUAUCCUUGGAAGAACAUUCGGCCAUGUUGUCCCAUUUCUUUGUUUUGUCGUCUCGAGGAGAUACACUGAUAUUUCGAGAUUAUAGAGGAGAUGGUAUGAAAGCGACUCCAGAUAUCUUUUAUCGGAAAAUUAAGGCUGACAAAGAAAGUAUCCCUCCCAUAUUUAAUGUUGAUGGUAUCAAUUUCAUAUUCAUCAAAAGAAAUGGGCUUUACUUUGUUUGUACGACAAAGUUCAAUAUUUCACCAGCUUUUGCAGUGGAAGUGUUGACAAGAGUUUCAGAUCUAUGUAAGGAUUACUGUGGUGUUCUUGAUGAGGAAUCAAUCAAGUCUAACUUUCCCCUUAUUUAUGAGUUGCUAGAUGAAGUGUUGGAUUUUGGUUAUGUGCAGGUCACAUCAACAGAAAACCUCAAAGCAUAUGUUUGUAACCAGCCAGAGGUGGUGACCACAGCUGAGGAACCAUUAUGGCAAUGCACUGGGCGAAUAGUGUAUGGCACAGAAAAAAUGUCCUUGCCAAGCACUGCUGCAAAUAAACCUGUGGUGCUUCCAAAGAUGGGACAGAGAGGGAACAAGCGCGAGGUAUUUCUGGAUUUACUAGAGAGACUUACAGUGCUGAUUGGUACAAAUGGAAACAUUUUAAGGAGUGAAAUUGAUGGCUGCAUUCAAAUGAGAAACUUUGUUGCUGGUUAUCCUGAAGUUAAGAUUGCGCUCAAUGAAGAUUUCUUUGUUGGAAAAUCCGAUGUUGUGUCACGAGUUGACAGUGCAGCUGUACGACUUGAUGACUGUACAUUCCACGAGUCUGUUGACGUAUCAAGCUUUGAAUCCACACAAACACUUGUUGUCAGUCCACCGGAAGGAGAGUUUAUUGUCAUGAAAUACCAUGUUACAGAAGCCCUGCAAUCAACCCUGCCCUUCACGUUGAUAGCAUUUGUUGAUGAAAGUGAAGACUCGAAGAUUCUUGAAGUUGUGCUCAAGUUAAGAUGCAAUGUUCCUUCAUCGAGCUCCGCCAGUAAUAUUGUGGCCAAGUUGCCAGUUCCAAAGUCAACAGACAGCGUUUCGCACAACAUACCAUCCGGGACACAAACAGGAGAGUUCAAGUCAUCCGAGAAAGCCUGGUACUGGAACAUUAAAAAGCUGCAAGGAGGCUCCGAGAUAACUGCGUCCGUUAAGGUCCACAUGAGUGAAAAGCGAAAAUCUGCAAGAAAAGAAGUCGGCCCCGUGAGUUUGGAGUUCGAAAUACCGAUGCAUAUCUGCUCCGGUCUUCAAAUCCGAUAUCUGCGCGUGCAGGAUCGCGAGAAAGCUUACAGCCCCUUCCGUUGGGUCCGUUACAUCACUCACAGCGAUUCCUACGUCAUUCGGAUUUAGAAGACUGAACAGGGAAAACUAAAGAAGUAAAAACAUACAAAGUGUUCGCUUCGUGUGUGGUCUAUGACGUCAUACAGGAGUGACGUCAUGAACUAGGAGCACGAGUACGCCUGGGCACUAGGCAAUAUCUUUCAAAGACUUAAAGAACCAAGACAAGUUCAUGAUAAUUACUGAAGUGAUAGCCGUGAAGUGGCAAGAAACAGAAACCUACUAAAUACACCCUGCGGUGAACACAAAAUAUUUAGUUUUUGGUGACCAGGAAUAUGCGAGUAACUGAAAAAACAAUUAAUCUUAUACUUUAUGUCCCGGUUAUUUCCUCGGAUGAAUACAAGGUCAUGGUGUUAUUAAAUCACUUCUCUAGAUUUGCAA